UUCCGGCGCCUUACGUCAUUUUUAGUCAAACAAUGUCAUUACUAGUCAAGUGUCUGUUUAGGAUGUUUUACACACAGGUUUCGCUACCUUUCCUAUUGUUCUCUUGGGACUGACGUAUCCACUCUCCAUCACUCAUUAUCACACCAGUGGAAGAGAGAGAGUGUGUGUGUGUUUGUGUGUGUGUGUCCUGUAGAGAAGCUCACACCAUACACACACACACACACACACACACUUGCGCCGGUGCAGAGAAACAGGAGAGGUAAAUGGAUCCAAUGCAGCCCAUUCAGAGCUGCUCAAUACCCGAAGAACAAACUGGUUUUCCAGGACUUAAACCAGUCCCAGCACUGCUUGGAAACCCUUGCAAGGUGGCCUCAUCCUCACACUGCCAGAUGGUCAUGACUGGAAACCCACCAACAUCAGGACAGACCCCGGCACUGCAGACAAACUCAGCCGUUCAGGAGAGAACUAGACCAGACUCCACCACACAAUCCACAAAAAGCAUCAGCAUCAGUCGACCCAGGCCUGCAGCACUGGGCACCAAGACAUCUAUCAAAGUCUCCAGAUCCAAUGAGCCUUCACUGCAGGUUAAAGUUACAGGAAUGACCAACUUCCUGUUGCACUCCCCUGCCGAGUCACCAUUGCCUUAUUACAGCCCCCAAAAGCCGCUGAGCCCCACUCCUCAGCUUGGUUUCAACCCCCCGACACUUCCAAGCCCUCCAUCACAGCAUGCCCGAGCUAACACACACAAUAACCUAAUUGCAAGACCAAUUCCCAUCCCAAACCCUAGCCCCUCAUCUAACCCCAUUCCUCAACCAAUUCCAAGUCCUGAAGCACAUGUAUCAAACACAGGAGACACUACUGAAAAGAAGUUGAACAAGACCAUCAGCGAGGAGGGGGAUUUCAGAGUGCAUAUUGUCACAUGGAAUGUAGGCUCUGGUAUACCACCAGAUGACAUCACUUCUUUGUUUGGAUCUGGCAUUGAAAAUGGGAGCACUGACAUGGUGGUUGUCGGACUGCAGGAAGUAAACUCUAUGAUAAACAAGCGGCUGAAAGAUGCUCUGUUCAUAGACCAGUGGAGUGAGCUCUGCAUGGACACACUCAGUCGUUUCGGAUAUGUAUUGGUGGCAUCUCAGAGGAUGCAGGGAGUUUUCUUACUGGUUUUUUCCAAAUUCUGCCACCUUCCCUUUCUCAGAGGGGUACAAACCCAAAGCACUCGCACUGGGUUGGGAGGCUACUGGGGGAAUAAAGGGGGUGUAAGUGCACGCAUGAUGGUGUUUGGACACCCUGUGUGCUUCCUUAACUGCCACCUGCCGGCUCACAUGCGUAAUCUGGAGCAGCGGAUGGAGGACUUUGAAAGCAUCCUGCAGCAGCAGCAGUUCGAAGGCAGCACAGCUGUGGGUGUGCUGGAUCACGAUGUGGUGUUCUGGUUUGGUGAUCUAAACUUCCGAAUCGAAGGUUAUGACAUUCACGUGGUGAAAGGUGCAAUUGAGAAUGACAAACUGCCUCUUCUGUGGGAAAAAGAUCAGCUGAACAUGGCAAAAAAAAGUGAAUCAGUUCUAGAGGGGUUUUCAGAAGGACCUCUGAAUUUCCCACCAACUUACAAGUUUGAUGUGGGGACACAUACUUAUGACACAAGUGCAAAAAAGAGAAAGCCUGCAUGGACAGAUCGCAUUUUAUGGCGUCUGCGCAGGACAGGCUCCCCUGUUCCAUCACAUAAUUCUGCACUUCAGCGGGGUUUGACCUCAUGGCUGGGUGGUGCCACCAGAGUUUCCCAGCAUUUCUACCGCAGUCAUAUGGGCUUCACUAUUAGUGAUCACAAGCCAGUGUCCGCCCUCUUCUCUUUGCAUUUUCCCUUUAAGGUGAACUUACCAUUAGUGACACUGGAAGUGGAGAAGGAAUGGACCAAGUUCUCUGAUGCUACAGUUAAACUCUCAUUGGCCCAUGGCUUUCAGAGGAGUUCAUGGGACUGGGUGGGACUGUACAAGGUUGGCUGUAAGCAUCACAAGGAUUACGCUGCAUAUGUGUGGGCCAAAUCUGAGCAUUCUACGCAGGUGACGUUUUCUGAGGAGGAUUUGCCGAGAGACCCAGGAGAAUAUAUUCUGGGAUAUUACAGUAACAACACCAACAGCAUCGUAGGAGUGACUGAACCAUUUCAGGUGCAGCUCCCCUUGUCCAUGCAACCUGCACCAGCAUGUCAAUUGCACUCUGACAGUUCUGACAUCAGCUCUGAAGAUGACAGUACACUGGUGCUGUUGGCCCCCAGCUCUCGUAGCCCCAGCCCUGGAAACCACGGCAACAAACGGCAUCACCAGAAGCGUCAGCGUAGCCGCAGCCCUGCCGUACCAGCGCUCUCCGGGACGCCUCUUUCCUCCCUACAGUCUCUUAGCCUGUGCCCUCGUCCUCGCGAUGGCCCAGCACGGAGCUCCUCCCCUCGCCCUUUGGCCAAUGCCAAGAAAGAGCGUCUAGUUUCUCCAGACACGUUAACCUCGCCCUCCCUCAGUCCUCUCAGUCCACGGAGCCCAGUGUCCCCCGUCAGCGCUCCAGAGGCUCUCAUAGCAGCCAUUUUAGGAGAGCCCAGGCCUCCUCAGAUAGGAAAAGCAGGCGAUGUGAUUCUCUGACCGAUCCCCCCUUCCAUGUCAAUUCAUUAGACUUUAGCAGAUAUCAUAAUGCAACUACUUGAGAGAAACUGCCUUUUAGACCUACAGCUUUUUGUGCUCUCAUCCCUUGUUGUACUUAAUCACUUCACAAACUUAUUCUCGGUUUUCAGUGGCUUUGCCAAAAGAGAUUCAACUGGUCUAUCUGUUUUGCAUUAUUUAUUAAUGAUAGAUUAUAAAUGGUGACAGUACAACAGUGCACAUCAGCCUUAUAGUGCAGGACAACCUGACUCAAGGUAAAACUGCCCUUUUACCGUAGAAUCAAAACAAACAGUGAUGUCAGCAUUCAUCUCAGCCCUUUUCUUUUAACUUUUCAUUGACCAGGCUUUAAUGGUUGAUGUCAAGAGGGUUAUUGUGGAAAAUUAAACAACAUUAUACUUUUCAGUACUGUACUUAUCUAUAAGAAAUUAUAGGAAGAUUUCUUCUUUCUUUUUUAAAAUUUAAAAUCCUGCUUAUUGCUUUAACUAUGGUGUCUUUAAUCAUUUGAAUUUAGAAAACUACCAGUUUAGAACCACUGUUGAUGUCGAAGACCAUAUUUAAAAUCAGGUUUCAAAAUUUAACUCAAAACCUAUAUAUAAAUAAGCCAAUAGAAGCCCUUUUUUCCAAUAUAUUUUAUUGGGUUUUUCUCAACAUUAGAACAAGACAUCUAACCAUCUGAACAAUAGAAACCCUUUUACUGAUGUACUCUCUAGUUGUAUGUGUAUAGAUAUAGACUACACUACAAUUCAGAACAUUAGGGGUUAGUAAGAUUUUUUGUUGUUGUCUUUUUUUUAAAGAAAUUAAUACUUUUAUUUAGUAAGGAUGCAUAAAAAAUGAUGAAAGGGAGACUAAAGACAAUUAUAAUGUUACAAAGGUUUUCUGUUUAAAAAUGCUGCUCUUUUGAGCUAUUCAUCAAAACAAAUCUAUCACAGUUUCCACAUCUUUCAAGCCGUUGAUAAUCAGAAAUGUUUCUUCAGAAGGAAAUCAGCAUAUUAGAAUGAUUUCUGAAGGAUCAUGUGACACUGAAGACUGACCACAAACCUUGGAGUGGUCAGUGUAUGAGACAAAAGACACCAUUGUUUAACAAAUAUAGUUUACUAGUCAAAUCAUGGCCUGUUUAAUGACAGUAAAAGAUGUACAUGAUUUUAUAGGAAAAUAUAUUUAUUCAAAAUUCUAAACAAGUAUUUCAAAAUUCAUUCAACCCAGAUAAUUGUUGACACAUUGGCCUAUCACUGCUGUUAGCCGCUCAUAUCAUCAUAAAUGGAUUUAAUAAUAUAUAAGUACACAUACGAUUAACACCACCAUCCCAGAUUUUACAAGGUACACAUUAACACCAAUCAUGCUAGGUUUUGUUAAGCCGAUAGCUAUGGGCAGAGCAAACAUUUGACAUGAUCGGCUGAAUGAAGAUCCCAUCAGCUUUACUCAUAGCAUUUUGUGUCAUUAUUUGAAACAUAUGCGCAUAACAUUGUGCAAAAAUAAACACAUAAAAGACAAGAGUUUAACAAAAGUCUAACAAAUGCAGGACUGAUUUUUCUCUUAUACUCAUGUCUUAAAUCAUUUGGCUUAAGAGCAAAGAACACUGAGUCUGUCUAUAAUCAUUGAUUUAUUGACGUACAUUGUAUUUUUUAAUCAAUUCAAAGUCAAAUGUUUCCCUGCGGCAUGACUGUCCUCAUGAACAAGGACACAAUGUUAUACCCUACAAAUAAAAAAAUCUCACAAAGA